AUGGCUGACAAGGCAAGUUGUGAAACGAAGCUUGACUUUAUAAGCGAGGGAGCUCUCUCUGUUUUUUUGGGCUUAGCCUUUUUCCGGUGUUCGACUUCGACCCACCCACACAUCCACUGUUCCCAACCCCCUCGAUUCCCCUUCGCGACACUUCUCUCCACCACACACGCACACGGACACCCAAACCGAUACAAACACCACCGCCUUUCGCCUUCUUCGCAUCGUCCUUGCUAUCGCUUUCCAAGAUCGCAGAUCGGAGUUGUAGUUGUAGAUCGGAAUUACCCUAUCUAUUUAUCUACGGUCUUCCAGAUACUUCUUGGAUGA